GGGGAUGCCUCGGGGGCGAUCCCGGCGGCCAGGAAGCCACUCAGGACCCGGCGGAGCGCUUCUGUGCAGCCUCAGCCCAUCCAGGUGUAUGGACAGGUCAGUCUGAAUGACUCCCAUAAUCAGAUGGUGGUGCACUGGGCUGGAGAGAAAAGCAACGUGAUUGUGGCAUUAGCCCGUGACAGCCUAGCAUUGGCCAGGCCUAAGAGCAGUGAUGUGUAUGUGUCUUAUGACUACGGAAAAUCAUUCAAUAGGAUUUCAGGGAAGCUGAACUUUGGAGUGGGAAACAGUAGUGAAGCCGUGAUCUCCCAGUUCUACCACAGCCCUGCCGACAACAAACGGUACAUCUUUGUAGAUGCUUAUGCCCAGUACCUCUGGAUCACGUUUGACUUCUGCAGUACUAUCCAUGGCUUCUCCAUCCCAUUCCGGGCUGCUGACCUCCUCCUCCACAGCAAGGCUUCCAACCUCCUCUUGGGCUUCGACAGGUCUCACCCAAACAAGCAGCUAUGGAAGUCGGAUGAUUUUGGCCAGACCUGGAUCAUGAUUCAGGAGCAUGUGAAGUCCUUCUCUUGGGGAAUCGACCCCUAUGACCAGCCAAACACUAUCUACAUUGAGCGGCACGAACCCUUCGGGUUCUCUACAGUGUUUCGAAGUACAGACUUCUUCCAGUCCCGGGAGAAUCAGGAAGUGAUCCUGGAGGAAGUGAGGGACUUUCAGCUUCGGGACAAGUACAUGUUUGCAACAAAGGUGGUGCAUAUUCCAGGCAGCCAGCAGCAAUCAUCGGUCCAGCUCUGGGUCUCCUUUGGCCGGAAGCCUAUGAGAGCAGCCCAGUUUGUCACAAAGCAUCCUAUUAAUGAAUACUACAUCGCCGAUGCUUCAGAGGACCAGGUGUUCGUGUGUGUGAGUCACAGCAACAACAGUACUAACUUAUAUAUCUCAGAAGCAGAGGGGCUGGAAUUCUCCUUGUCCCUGGAGAACGUGCUGUAUUAUAGCCCAGGAGGGGUCGGCAGUGACACCCUGGUGAGGUAUUUUGCAAAUGAGCCCUUUGCUGACUUUCACCGUGUGGAAGGCUUACAAGGAGUCUACAUUGCCACCCUGAUGAAUGGUUCUAUGAAUGAGGAGAACAUGAGGUCGGUCAUCACCUUUGACAAAGGGGGAACCUGGGAAUUUCUUCAGGCCCCAGCCUUCACGGGAUAUGGAGAGAAAAUCAAUUGUGAGCUUUCCCAAGGUUGUUCCCUCCACCUGGCCCAGCGUCUCAGUCAGCUGCUCAACCUCCAACUCCGGAGAAUGCCUAUCCUGUCCAAGGAGUCAGCCCCCGGCCUCAUCAUUGCCACCGGCUCAGUGGGAAAGAACUUGGCCAGCAAGACCAAUGUGUACAUCUCUAGCAGUGCUGGAGCCAGGUGGAGAGAGGCCCUUCCUGGACCUCAUUACUAUACAUGGGGGGACCAUGGAGGCAUCAUCAUGGCUAUUGCCCAGGGCAUGGAGACCAACGAACUGAAGUACAGCACCAAUGAAGGGGAGACCUGGAAGACGUUUGUCUUCUCCGAGAAGCCUGUGUUUGUGUAUGGGCUUCUCACAGAACCUGGUGAGAAGAGUACCGUCUUCACCAUCUUUGGCUCAAAUAAGGAGAAUGUCCACAGCUGGCUCAUCCUGCAGGUUAAUGCCACCGAUGCCUUGGGGGUUCCCUGCACAGAAAACGACUACAAGCUGUGGUCCCCGUCUGAUGAGCGGGGAAAUGAGUGUUUGCUAGGACACAAAACAGUUUUCAAAAGGAGGACCCCCCAUGCAACGUGCUUUAACGGGGAAGACUUUGACCGGCCAGUGGUCGUGUCCAACUGCUCCUGCACCCGGGAGGACUAUGAAUGUGACUUUGGCUUCAAGCUGAGUGAAGAUCUCUCCUUAGAGGUUUGUGUUCCAGACCCCGAGUUUUCUGGGAAGCCCUACAGCCCUCCUAUGCCCUGUCCCGUGGGUUCUACAUACAGGAGAACGAGAGGCUAUCGGAAGAUUUCUGGGGACACUUGCAGUGGAGGAGAUGUCGAAGCGCGGCUGGAAGGGGAGCUGGUCCCCUGUCCUCUGGCAGAAGAGAAUGAGUUCAUCCUGUAUGCUGUGCGGAAGUCCAUCUACCGCUAUGACCUGGCCUCUGGAGCCACGGAGCAGCUGCCUCUCUCAGGGCUGCGGGCAGCUGUGGCCCUGGACUUUGACUAUGAACGCAACUGCCUGUAUUGGUCAGACCUGGCGCUGGACACCAUCCAGCGUCUCUGCUUGAAUGGAAGCACCGGGCAAGAGGUGAUCAUCAAUUCGGGCCUGGAGACUGUGGAGGCUUUGGCCUUCGAACCCCUCAGCCAAUUACUGUACUGGGUGGAUGCUGGCUUUAAAAAGAUUGAGGUAGCUAAUCCAGAUGGCGACUUCCGACUGACCAUCGUCAAUUCUUCGGUGCUUGAUCGGCCCAGGGCUCUAGUCCUUGUACCCCAAGAGGGGGUGAUGUUCUGGACCGACUGGGGAGACUUGAAGCCCGGGAUUUACCGGAGCAACAUGGAUGGCUCGGCUGCUUACCGUCUUGUGUCAGAGGAUGUGAAGUGGCCCAAUGGCAUCUCUGUAGACAGCCAGUGGGUCUACUGGACAGAUGCCUACCUGGACUGUAUCGAACGCAUCACUUUCAGUGGCCAGCAGCGUUCAGUCAUCCUGGACAAUCUCCCACACCCUUACGCCAUUGCUGUCUUUAAGAAUGAAAUCUACUGGGAUGACUGGUCACAGCUUAGCAUCUUCAGAGCUUCGAAAUACAGCGGCUCCCGGAUGGAGAUUCUAGCAAGCCAGCUCACAGGCCUGAUGGACAUGAAGAUCUUCUACAAAGGAAAGAAUGCUGGAAGCAAUGCCUGUGUACCUCAGCCCUGCAGCCUGCUGUGUCUCCCUAAGGCCAACAACAGCAAAAGCUGCAGGUGUCCAGAAGGUGUGGCCAGCAGUGUCCUCUCGUCUGGGGACCUGAUGUGUGACUGCCCUCAGGGCUUUCAGAGGAAGAACAACACCUGUGUCAAAGAAGAGAACACCUGUCUUCGUAACCAGUAUCGCUGCAGCAAUGGCAACUGUAUCAACAGCAUUUGGUGGUGUGAUUUCGACAAUGACUGUGGAGACAUGAGUGACGAGAGAAACUGCCCCACCACAGUCUGUGAUGCAGACACGCAGUUCCGGUGUCAGGAGUCAGGGACUUGUAUUCCACUCUCCUAUAAGUGCGACCUUGAAGAUGACUGUGGGGACAACAGUGAUGAGAGUCAUUGUG